AUGCCGUGUAUCAAACAGGAGGCGGAGCCAGAGACCCUCUACAUUAAAGAAGAACAACAGGAAGAUGAAAUCCCCAAGUUUCCAAUGUGUGUUAGUGUGAAGAUCGAAGAAGACGAAGUUCUUCUACUCUUCUCCCAACCAAACGAGCUCCUUCAAAGCAUUCUCAUCGGUAAAUACCGAAAAUCUGUGAUGAAGGAGGGCGAGGUUGCCAACAGCAAGGCCGACAGCAACUACGAAGAGGAAUCGGAGAAGACCGCUUACGCUAACGGCGUGAACUGCUACAGUCCCGCAGACGUCACUGUAGAAGAUCUUCACCCUGUCAAGCAGGAUCCCCUCCACCCUAACCAGGAGAAGGAGUCUGAGAUGCCUUGUAUCAAACAGGAGGUGGAGCCAGAGACCCCGUACAUUAAAGAAGAAGAACAGGAAGAUGAAAUCCCCACUUUUCCAAUUUGUGUCAUUGUGAAGAUCGAAGAAGACGAAGGUCCAAGCGACGAGAGCGGAUCAGCGAAACCUUCAAGCGACUGCUCAUUUCAGCACCUGACAACAAAAGAAGAGGGACGAUCGCAACCGGACGGCCUCUUGGCUCCGCUUUCGGGCAGCGACGACAUAACAUCACACUCUUCUACUUCUUUAGAAAGGCAUCAGCGUACACACACUGGAGAAAAGCCUUUUGUCUGCACAUGUUGUGGUAAAAGAUUCAGCGCGAAGGGAAAUUUAAACAGACACGCAAGCACACACAGUGGGGAAAAGCCUUUUUCCUGCACAUUUUGCGAUAAAAGAUUUCAUCAGAGGAGUGAUUUAGAAAAUCAUACUCGUAUACACACUGGAGAAAAGCCUUUUGCCUGCACAUCUUGUGGCAAACGAUUCACCCAUAAGGGAAGUUUAAUCUCACACACACGCAGACACACGGAAGAGAAGCCUUUUGCUUGCACACUUUGUGAUAAAAGAUUUCAUCAGAAAGCUAAUUUAGAAGAUCAUAAGCGUACACACACUGGAGAAAAGCCUUUUGCUUGCUCACUUUGUGAUAAAACAUUCACUCAGAAAACAAAUUUGGUCACGCACGAAAACGGACACACUGGAGAGAAGCCUUUUGCCUGCACACUUUGCGAUAAAAGAUUUUAUCGGAAGACUAAUUUACAAAUGCAUAAGCGUACACACACUGGAGAAAAGCCUUUUGCCUGCUCACGUUGUGGGAAAAGAUUCACUCGGAAGGGACGUUUAAGUCCCGCAGACGUCACUGUAGAAGAUCUUCACCCCGAGAAGCACAAUCCCCUCCACGUUAAACAGGAGGAGGAGUCUGAGAUGACGUGUAUCAAACAGGAGGCGGAGAUGACAUUGAAGAUCGAAGAAGACGAAGGUCCAAGCGAAGAGAGCGGAUCAAAACAUUGGAGCGACAGCUCAUUUCAGAACCUGACAACAAAAAGAGAGGGACAAUCGCAACUGGACGGCCUUUUGGCCCCGCUUUCGGACAGCGACGAUGUAACGUCACACUCUUCUGACUUUAACACUGAUGACGAGGAGGAUGACUUUGACCAAAAUGCUUCAAAAUCCUUAAACAUGUCAUCAUUGAAAAGAGACAUUCAAGAAAGUGCGGUGAGGAAAGCUUUUCCCUGCUCACUUUGUGAUAAAAUAUUUUCUUGGAAACAUCAAUUAAAAUCACACAUGUCUACACACACCGGGGAGAAGCCUUUUGGCUGCACACUUUGCAAUAAAAGAUUUUGUCGCAAUUCUAGUUUACUUAGACAUAAACGUACACACACUGGAGAGAAGCCUUUCGCCUGCACACUUUGCGAUAAAAGAUUUCAUCAGAAGACUGAUUUAAAAAGUCAUAAGCGUUGGCACACUGGAGAAAAGCCUUUCACCUGCACGUCUUGUGGUAAACGAUUCACCCAUAAGGGAAAUUUAAACAAACACACACGCAAACACACUGGAGAGAAGCCUUUCGCCUGCACAUUUUGCGAUAAAAGAUUUCAUCAGAAGUCUCGUUUAGAAGUGCAUCAGCGUACACACAGUGGAGAGAAGCCAUUUGCCUGCACACUUUGCGAUAAAAGAUUUUAUCAGAAGCCUCAGUUAGAAGAGCAUCAGCAUACACACGCUGGAGAGAAACUUUUCGCCUGCACACUUUGCGAUAAAAGAUUCGUCGAGAAGGGAGGUUUAAAGAAACACAUAAGGACACACACUGGAGAGAAGCCUUUCUCCUGCACUCUUUGCGACAAAAGAUUUUCAACGAAGAGUCAUUUAGAACAACACACACAUACACACACAGGGGAAAAGUGUCCCGCAGACGUCACUGUAGAAGAUCUUCACCCUGAGAAGCACGAUCCCCUCCACGUUAAACAGGAGGAGGAGCCCGAGAUGCUUUGUAUCAGACAGGAGGCGAGCCAAAGACCGCCUACAUUAAAGAAGAAGAAGAGGAGGAUUAUAUCCCCAAGUUUCCAGUGUGUGUCACUGUGA